GCACCCAUUCACACGUUCCUUCACCACCCGUGUCCCGAGCUUUCCCUCCUAAGGAAACCGCUUAUUUAUUCCUUCCCUCCCCCCCCCCCCGCUUCCUUCCGGGGACCUCGACCACGCAAGCGGCAGACUCCCGAGCGGAUGAUUCGUCAGGCCUCGGAACCCGGAAGGCGUGGGGCGAGAAGAGCCGGGGGAAGAGAGGGAGAACGCCUCGCUUCCGCUUCCGGCGGAGGCCACUUUCUCCUUCCGGCGGUUGCUAGGGAGACGGCUUGGGUCUCCGCGGGCGCGCGCGCACCGGCUAGGUAGGUUGCUCGUGGCCUCAGCGCAAAAAAAACGCAACACCCAAAAUGAUUUGUACAUUAUUAGCUCUCUUGUAGUUAUUGAUAUUUUCUCUGGCAUCCCUUUUUUUUAAGAUGCCUUCCCCUCCCAUUUUUCGACUUGCAAGUAAGCCCCGUUUAAGUCAGCGGGAUUUACUCUUGAGUAGUCACGGCCACGAAUCAGCGCCGCUCGCCCGUUUUUCUCCUGGGUAGCGGGGAAACAAGUGCGUGUUUGGCACUUGAAACAGGCACCCAACAAUAGUUAUAGCCCAAUCCUGUGUAUGUUCUACGUACUGUGAAGUCAGUGCCCGAUUUAAAUUGAAUUUUCAGGUCGUUGGAUAUAGGAUUGCAGCCUUAUGAGAGCAAUCCUUUGCAUGUCUGCUCAGGAAAAUGCUCCGUUGUCUUCUGUAGUAUUUAUUUCUCAGGGUAAGUGGAAGUCUUAGCCUUUUCAUACUGCUUUUCGAAGUUUCAAUACUGGGCAUGUCUAUUCAGAAGCAAGUCAGAUUGAAUUUGGUAGGUGUAUACUGGAUUGAGGCCUCAUGGGUACUAUCUCAGUCACUCUUAUAUUUAAUGAUAUGGUUUUGGGUGCAGUUUUUAGCUUUGCAGAUUUUACUACUGAGUUUUUAUUGCUUUACAUUUUGGAACUUGCCCUGCAAAGGUAUAUAUAUAUAAAAUAAAACAAACAGCCCUACAAAGUAGGCCAGUAUAAUUACCUCUUAUGACAGGGGGUGUAGAGAGAGAACAGGUUUGCUUAAAGCCAUUUACAGAACAAUCCCAUGAAUGUUUACCCAGAUGUUGUUCUACUAUUCGAUGGGGUUUGAUUCCAAGGCAUGUUUGGAUAGGAUUGCAGUCUUAGGAAGUGAGUAGCGUAGAAUAUCUAAACUUGGGACUUCCCUUUUUAGCUACUUUAUCACAUCUUCUUUAAAUAGACGCAGCUUUGUUAAUCACAUUGGUUUGGAAAAGCUGCACCUGUUGCAUUCAUGCCUGCCAAGCAACUAUUUUAAAGUAUAGCUUCCCCAAGUUAGUGUCCUCCCGAUGCCUUCGAUUGCAAAUCCCAUCUGCCCCAGCCUUCCUGUAGCCCCAAAUCUCUGGAGAGCCCUGUGUUGGAGUAAGAGAUCCUGCCACCACACAAACUAGCAAGGCAAGUCCUGUAGGACUAGCUCAUUGAUUUUCCCAGUUUUUUAGAGAAGGAAUGGAGGCUAGUGUUGAAAGAGGGAGUUUUAGGAACUCUCCAAGGACAGCCACAGUGAAUAAUUUAUCCCCGUAUAGAUUUUACCGCCAAAGAGCACAGUAAGGCCCUGGAAGCACCUGCUGAACUUCACACUUCUCUUCCCACAGUCUUCUCCAAAUCUCUUAUAGUGUUGCUGCAGCCGCCCACUGUUGAAGAGACAAUCAUGGAGGCUCUUCGUAGCUCUGAGGAUAUGCUGGCAAAAGCGAACCAACUCUGGAUGAUGCUUGAUGACAUGGCUGAGAGCAAUCCUGAAAGUUACCACCAGUUCAUGCAGCAGCAACUCAAAGACGCAAAGCAACAUUAUGCUCCUGCAGAACCAUACAUGUGCCUGAAGACCUGCAUCUUGGUAUGUUGCAAGAUACCUGCACAGCAAGAAGGAAGCUCAGACAUCAAAAUGUGCCUUCAUUUUCACCAAUCCUUUACUCAACUAGUCAGGCAGAUACAAUAGGCAUGUGUGCACUUGAUUUGCAUUCUAUAUUUAUUCUAUUGCUUCUCCCUAACUAUUUAUUUCUUAUUAAUUUAGAAUAGAAAACAAGAUGGAUGGAAGGUAACAGGUGCAAUUAUCUUUUCAGUUAAUCCAAAAACGCUGGACUGUAUCCAAGACCAGAAAUACCAGAGAAUGCAAACCAGAGUUUGACCGUGUUCCUAUUCUAGUUCAUGCCUGCAUGAUGUAGUAAUAAACCAUCCUCCUUUAUUAACUGGUUUUGGAUUCUUUUUCCAGGAGCCUACUGAAAAAUCAUUGUUCGUUAACCUCUGCAGGUGGAAUCAGGUUCCAGCACCCCAAUCGCCAUCUGACCCAGUGCCAUUGAGGGCUGGCAAAAUGGAGGAGGUAUCUGAGAAAUCAGGUCAGCUUUGCUCCUUGCAGAAGGUUUAGCUUGCUGUGUAGCACAGUACUCAUUUCUGUAGGUCUAUUUUAGCCCCUUAUAUCCCAGCCCAUUUUCUCUCUCCAAAUGGGUGGGGUGAAGAUGACAGAAAUGUACAUUAUAAACCAAUAAGCCUUAGCUGAAAGAGUAGGAAAAUAACAGCCAAAAGAGCAAAAUUAAGUGUAAUCUCAUAAUUUGACAACUGAUUUUUUAAAAAAACAACACAAGUUUACAACUUUCAUGUUUGGCUUUGCCCCCAUUGUCCUCUACAAUAUAAUGUAUAUGAUAAAACAAUAAUUAGACUUUUUUUUCUUCUAGAGUUUUAUACUGUCCUUGAUAUUGCAUACAACCAAUCUGUUAUUGAGAAGGGAAAGGAUGACCCAUCAAUGAAGGACCAAUUGAUACGUCUAUCACUUAAGUAUAUUGAGGAGCAAUACAACAUCAUUCUGUCAAACUCCUAUACUAUUACAAAAUUUAAACUGAAGGGAAGCCUGGCAAGGAUGAGACAGAGCUUAAGGAGAGAGCAAGCACCAGUGGCUUUGUCCCAGAAGACCUUGCAGAAAGGUAAGUACCCUCCCAAGUCAUUACCAGGAGUGAAACAUGAUGGGGUAUGAUGAAACUUCUCACACCACUCUUUAGGAUGCAAGUUAUAACCCACAUUAAAAGGCACUUGCAGAAGCGUGCUUGGUUUCAGCAUGCCUCAGUAUAUUCUUGUUUUAUGAAUUUAAGAUGAACAGUAGGACCUGAAAUAUUUUAUCAGUUUGUAAAAUGAAGAGAUUAAAAAACUUUUGAGUACACUAAAUGGAACCUUCCCCUUAAAUCUGAGUUUUUAUGUAAGUAUUUAUACAAACUUGGACAGCUCUUUCAUCUUGGUCAUGGUGGCUACUUUGGAAUCUGUUGGAUUGAUUGCUUCUGUUGACCAGUGAUUUGUACAUUUACUGUAAUGAGGUGGGAUUACAGGCAAGACUUUUCCCUUACAGCAGGUGCUUCUAAUCUCAGCUUGUUACAUACAGUGAAGAUACCAGGUAGCCUGACAUCUGGCUGGUUGAUAGAGGAUCAGAUACUUAUUUCACACAUUAUAAUGCACAUCAAUCUUUGACUUUUGUCUUCUGGGUUUCUGGGGGUUUUCCUGUUGUUAUUCUGUCUCUCACAGCUAGAAUAAACCUACCAUUAAAAUUAUGGACUGGUCACUUCUUUGUCAGAGGGCAAACGGGCAAAUUUAGCAGGGGAUCAAAUACUUCCCCCCCCCCCCACUGUAGAACAUAUAACUGAUACUUCUAUAGCAAUGUGAUCCAUUAAAGUAUUUUUAAAAUUCCCAUGUCUAAAAAUCACCUUGGAAAGAAGUGACACUUGACCAACUGAGAAACAUCAUAACAAAGGAAGAUAGCAGUGACCUUACUUUGCUAAUGGAGAACACAGUGCCCUCUAAAACAUGCCUCAUUGAAGAGAUUUCCACUACAGAGCAACCAGAGGAAUUGUGCACCCCAGCCUAUGAAGUCACCAUCAUAAAGGAUAUGAAUGAGAAGCCUCUGAAGAUUGAACUGAAAGUUGAAUUGCCAGAGGUACACUGUGUCUCUGAGUGUGACCUAAGCGUUUCUGAGGUAAGUUAGUCAUGAAUUACAUUCAACUCUGGCUUCCUUUCGGACAGCCCUAUGUCCAUCUGGCACGCCUCACCUGUAGCAAUCACAUGUACUUCAUUUACAAAGAAACUUCUUUUUCGAUUUUAGGAUGAUGUAUUGAUUGAAUGCCCUGCAAAGUAUAAAUUACACUUGGAUCUUCCACAGUCUGUGAAUGAAGAAGCAACAACAGCAGCAUUUCACAGCCAGAAAAGAGUUUUACUAAUCACAAUGCCGGUGUCUGAAAAGAAGUGAUGUUAGCAGAUUUGACACGGCAUGUGGGCUUGGGGGGUUGGAUACUGCCCACUCAGCACUUCCAAACACUUUGCAUAGGGUAAUAUUAAAGUCUACUGGCUGCUUGCCUGCAUUUCACACAUUGGAUCAUUAGAGCAGGCAUCCCAGCUGCCCUUUGGACAGAUGCAGAGCUGAGUAAUGCUAACUGGAGGUAAGAUAUGUUUCUAAGUACAGAACUGAAACUCAACUCUAAUGGAGAAUGUUCCAAUGCUUACUUUAAAUGUUUCUCUUAUCAGUCAUGGAGUUUCUACUAUAUUGUGCAAACUAUAACGGCUCAACAACUACAUGAAAAUCUUAUAAAAGCACUUGUAAAGUUUACAUUUUCAUUGAUCCCUCAAUAAAAGAUAACACAUUCUGGGUUUGAACUGUGUCCCAACACCUAUUCACAAGAACUCAGCUCAAGGGUACAAACUUAAAUACAGUACAAGUUUUUCCCUGGCACUAUUUAAAGGCCAUGUGGUUGACGGGAGAUUUAAAGGCCAUGUGGUUGAUGGUGGUUGUCCUGACAGGAAGAAACAGGACUUAGCUUACCAGUUGUGGAUUUCUUGAAUCUAAAAGGUUAGAUUACUCUUUGUAACUGAAGCAGGAGUUCCUGGCUCAAAGGCUGUCCAUACUGUUUUCUCAGCUACAGCAGCAGCAAAUAUACUAGAAUUGUGGAAUUGUAGAAUUGGAAGGAGCCACAAGGGUCAUUUAUUCCAAUUCCCUGCAAUGUAGGAAUCUUUCACCCAACAUGGGGCUCAAACCCACAACCCUGGAAUUAAAAGUCUCAUGCUCCACAGACUGAGCUACUCAACCUAAUUCUGUAGCAUCAAAGAAGAAAAAUAGAAGCUAGCCAUUCCCUACUUAUAAAAAAAACAGUAAAAUAAAAAAGUCAAGUUUUGGAUUAUUACAAUGAAACAAACAAAAGUUCCAAGGCUUUAGUUAAGUUGAAUUCUAAAAAUAACUGAAGAACAUUUAGAGCAGCUACGGAGUUAGUAGGCACAGUGACAAAUCUCUUGUGACUCCCAGCCCCUGAGUGGCACAAGUUAAGAGUCAUGUUUCACUGAUUCAAAUAGUGAGGCAAGCUCAGCAAUCCUUCUUACCAGUAGGGUCAGUUCUACACAUACCAUAAUACCCUCAGCAAACAAUGAAGCACCAGGGA